UUGUAUUUCUUGAUUUUUUUAAUUAGCAAAUAAAGUUUAGGAUUAUGGCGAAGUGGUGCUUGUUGUUGGCUCCUCAUUAAAUUACUUCAACAGCGGUGUUCUGACCCAGAAAAACAGUGGCUUGAAAAAUAUAUCAGCGAUUGCUACUCUUUUGAUGGGGCUUUGUUGUGACGUUGUUAUCUUUCGAAAUCAGAAAGUGGAUCUCAUUUCGACUAUCUCAUUGUGCCGCCAUCAGUUACGGACGUUUCGUUCAUCCUUGUUAUUUUUCCUAUUUUCAUCAAUCGCCCUUUCACUGCAGCAAAUUUUCUCGCUUUUUUUUCUCCGACCGAAUAUAUUCUCUUUGCCUCAGACAUUUCUAUUCACGGUGGUUUAUGUUCCUGUUAUUGCCUUAUCGCUGAUGACCUCCACACACAAGCAGGGUGAUAAUCGCGACGAAAUAGCUCCAAAAAAUGUGCCAUCAGCUCCGAAACGACUCAUUCGCCGUGCUGUCAUCUAUUUUUCAAUAAAUUUUCUUCCUUCUCUGCUUUUCGUCUCUUUCAUUUAUUGCAGCAUUCUGCUUGUUUAUCUCUGUGUUUUGUCGACGAGUUUUGUCUAUUUCCGACACAACUGCUGGACAAAACUUCCAUUUCGAAACUCCUGCUGGAUGACUGCCGUGUUCUUUGUCAUUUUUGUACAGGUAUAUUAA